CAUGCUUGAUGCGCGUGAGACACCUAUUGCGUCAGUCAACAGGGCAUUCCGCGGCUUUGGAAGAGAGAUUUUCACUGAUACAGGUUCUGAACAUGCCAGAUGCCAGUUCGAUAGAUAUCUAACUUAUGUGAUUGACAGCGCGACCCCUUAUUCAGUGACAACACUGAUGCUACAUCUUUGGAGUCUGCAGACGAGUUAUCCGAAGCUGUAGUUACUUCUCUGCCGGCCGAAGAAUGUCCGCCCAUU